AUGAUUGGUGGUUGGCGGAACCCUAGUAUUUCCAUGAAUGGAAAGCUUUAUGCUUUGGAUUGCCGCGAUGGGUGUAAGAUUAGGGUUUAUGAAGAGGAUACGAAUUCUUGGAAAAGGUUUAUUGAUAGUAAGGUUCAUUUAGGGAGUUCACGUGCUUUGGAGGCUGCAGCUCUUGUUUCAUUGAAUGGGAAGUUGUGUAUUAUUAGAAAUAAUAUGAGUAUUAGUCUGGUUGAUAUUUUGAGCCCUGAUAAGCAAGUGGAGAGUAAUCCUUACCUUUGGGAGAAUAUUGCUGGAAAAGGUCAGAUGAAAACAUUGCUUACGAAUAUUUGGUCAAGUUUAUCGGGUAGAAAUAGUCUCAAGAGCCACAUUGUGCAUUGUCAAGUGCUUCAAGCAUGA